CAAAAAUAAAAUUGUUAAACCCUAAAGGUAAAAGAAGAAAACUGAGGCAGCAGCAAACAAGUUGAAUCAGAAACUUGAAAUUGUAGCAGUGCGAAAUUCAUCAUACACAAUAUGUGAAGUUGAAUCAGAACAACUCUUCUUCUCUCUCGUUCCUCGCGAGUCUCUCUCCCCUUCCCCCUGGUGCUUCUCAGCUGCUGCCUGCUCACUCUCUCUCUCUUAGUUCUCACAGUCUCACUCACUCUAAGUACUGAAAAGUAUCACGGUUAUGCAGUUUUUCUUUAAAUUAUCGGUAGCUGGAACACUCGAGCCAAGAACAUGGCAAAUCAAUCAAAUAAUGAAAAGCAGCAAGCACCAUGUUCUGAAGCACUUAUCCAGAAAACUGGUGAGGAUCAAGUAGCCGGCCGCUCUUCUGCUGCGGGCUUUAUGGAUUCAUUGAAAAAUCGGUAUCAAAAAAUCAAAGAUAGCUGGAACACUCCAGCCAAGGACAUGGCAAAUCAACCAAAUAAUGAAACGCAACAAGCACCAAGUUCUGCAGCACCUAUCCAGGAAACUGGUGAGGACCAAGUAGUCGGUGCCCCUCCUGCUGCGGGCUUUAUGGAUUCAUUGGAAAAUCGGUAUAAAAAAAUCAAAGAGCAUGCAGAAACUUAUCCUUAUGUAUGGGGUUCCUAUAUUCUUGUAUAUGGCGGCUUUGGUCUUUGGUUUGCCUAUAGAUAUAGAAAGCUUCUUAGGACAGAGGACAGGGUACGGGCACUUCAAGCAAGACUACGUGAGAUGGUUGAAAAGGAUAAGAUUGUUGAAGCUGAAAAAUCUAGUAAUUCUGCCAAAGUGGUUGAAAAGGGUUCCACAUCUUCUGAGAUUCCUUCCAAGUAGCCUACAUUCCAACAUUUGUUACCAGUUAGAAGAACCAGGUAGUCUUGUAUACUGCCACUGAUGUUACUUUUCUUUACCACCAUGGUUGCCAUUAGCUUGAAAUAAGAUUCAUUUGGCUCCUUUAUUCAACUGAUCAUUGGAGGAAGUCCUCAACUAUAUUGUGCUUUGUGGGCAUUGUUAAAAUUUGAGUCUCAUUUUUCCUUCCAAAGUUUUGAGGGUAUUAUUUUACCAAUCAUUAGAAAUACUUUACUAUGUAGCUAACUACUGUUAAUAAGAAGAAAAAUAUGUCAGAUUUUUCUCUCAUGCUCAGUUUUCACUUAAUUGUACAAUAAUUAUGUUACUCAAUGGAGCAUUACCUAAUCAUUACUUUAUGUUGACUAUUCUUA